UAACAUGGAUAUAGCAAUAGAGUAGCAUCGAAAACUCUUACAGUAUUUGUUACAGAAAAGGCUUACCACAGUGGACAGCAGAAUGGACAUGGGUCAUUUAUACCACGACUCCUACUUCAGUAGUAUGGCCAUCGAGUUGGCAGUGAAAGAGAGGCUGAAGACAAGGGAGGUCAAUGCCAGAGAAGACAGAGCUCUGCAGCAGACGAGUCAGAGUUUCAACCGCGCUAGUCUGAUAUGCCAGAAGAAUCAAAGUUAUGAGAAAUGGAGAGUAGGGCAGUCACUGAGGAAAAUAAGGGAGCGAAGUCCUGGUCUGGACAGCAGUCUAGCGUUAGAGAAAGCACGAGUUGAGGCCUUGCAACGAGCUCUCCUGUCGAGGAGUUACGUCAAAGAUUCAAGCUCUUUUGGUGUCCCGGAAAGUGCAUCAUGGGUCACAAACAGAAGUGUCGCUAGUAUGAAGUCGUCUGCUGACUCAGUCAAACACAAGGAGGAAGAGCGUCUUCAGAACCAAAUUGAAAAGGUCACUCGAGAGAAACCACUGAACACAAAGUUAGGUCGUGACCUCCUGAAGCAAGCAGACUUCGUCCGACGUAGUGAGCACACGGUGAAAGCCCUGGCCAGGUUACGAUGGCGUCAAGACAAGAGGAGGCUGGACCACAGGAGAUGUAAGGAAGAGUUGAUGGCCUUUAGCAAACCGCUUAUUGAGAAAGCCAGCGUCGUCCUUAAAGGUCGAGAUGACCUUGACGUGACUCAAUUUCUGGAAGACUUUGAACACUUCAUCAUAGGCAAAGACCACAGGGACAGCCACGCGGAGGCUAAAUAUAGCAACUCGUUCAUGCAUAUACCGUCUGCUUCUGCUAGCGACGGUCCUCAUGAACUUACGCCUGAAGUACUGCAGCAAGGUGCUGAACAUUCAGACGUAGGCGUAUCCACUGGACAUUUAGUAGCGACCACGGAGCAACUUUACGCCAACACUUCAAAAGAGAAAGUGUCUCAUUCAGAAAAUGUAAAGGGGACAACACAUAACAAAGUUUCUCUGAAUUCCUACAGUCACAACGCAAGGCAUUUAGAGACUAUCAAUGCACAUUCAGAGACUAUCAAUGCACCAAUCUUUCCACUUCCUGCUAUCACGGCGCAUUCUGUCGAUGAGCGAUAUCCGGACUCUGUUGGAAGCGUAGUUGUAGCAACAACACCGGGAAACGUCACUUCCCAUAAUGCAAGCGUUGCCAAGGACGCUGUUUCUACUGAGAGUGACACACAUAAUGCUGCUACAGUCAGAGGCGGACCUCUGUCCUUGUCCUCUAGAGGCGCUGUCUGGCUCCCUCAGCUAUGGAGGCAACAUAAAAAGCGCAUUUUGAGCACAUAUAGCCUCCCAAAGCUAAAACACAGACGCAAAGUCAGACUGUAACAUUUUGUUAUAAAACUCUCGAGUCAAAUCAUAAUUGUGGAUAUAUUGGAUAUAUAAAUGUAUUCAUUAGAAUCUAUAUUACAAGCGCAAAAUACAACUGAAUGAUUCUUUCAUUUAUGUAUGUAUCAAGAGAUCCCAGCAACAGAGGAGCGGAUUCACAUGAAAUUUCGUACACAGACUCCUUUUACCUCUUAGUUGCUUGCUAAAGAUUGGGUUUUCAAAUUCGCACCCUGAACGCAUCGAUUCGGGAAAAAUCGCAAUCUUUCUACGAAACCUUUGUAUUUUAUUUUCGGUAUUUCCCUCCAAAGGCCGCAUGCUGUAUACAAAAAACAUUUACAAAUAGCACAAAGAUAAGACUUCCGUAUUUGUCAAACAUAUUUUCAUUUGUUUUAAUUUGCAUUACGUCAUAUUGUAUUGACACUUCCGCUUCCUUUUAGUCACGGCCGAACAACACUAAUAGUUAGUAUAAAAAAAAAGAUCUAUUUUGUCCUCGACAGCAGUGGCGUAGCUAGGGUGGGGAGGGAGGGGGAGAAUUUGAAAAUUCCCCGGGCCCCCACUUUAGGGAAGCCACCUAAUGAGUGUUUUUUUUUUUACAUUUAAUAUUAAGCCAAGCCUCCCGGGCCCCCAAAUGAUGGCAAAUUCCUAGCUACGCCCCUGCUCGACAGAGCAAAGACUAUAAUUAUUUCACACGUGUUCGGGUAUCUAAUAUCACUGUCUAUAUC